CGUCGUCGUCGUCGCCAUGUUUCUCAGUUGGGAAAAGACAACGGGAUCAUCGGAAAGUGUCGAAUCUUGGCAGCGAAACACGUACUGAACCUUGCAUGAAUUUUCCAUUAUUGUGGCCUGAAAAGAUUUCUAAGCAACGGUGUUGAAAAAAGUACUGUUUAAAAAUCAAUGUUAGCCAUAAAUUGUGUGGUUUGUUUGAAGUUUUUAAUUUUGGCUGCAUGCAAGUUCUGUUUUUCGGGGUGUAAUGUUGGAUCGAAAAAGUGCGUUUGUGUCAUGUCCAUAAGAUAGAAAUUUUCCCAUUUUAGACAUGGAUUAAUUGAGGAAAAGUGCAUGCACUAAAUUUAUGUUUGAAAAGUCGGAAUCGGUGUGGUCUGCGAGCUAAAUUCGUAGAAAGAAAGAAAAAAAAUGUGAGUGCAAUACUUUGGUAAUAUUUUUUUCUGUAAUAAGAAGCAACAGUGAAGAAAAAGGCGAGCCGAAGGGAGAGAGAGAGAGAAAGAAGGAAAAAAGGCAAAAGGUUCAUCACGCAUAGAACAGAGGAAAAAAAAAUCAGGGGCCGUGUUUGAUCAGAUUUUGAUUCUGAACCACACGAAAAAUUGGGAAGAAGUUGCGUACAUGGUGUGCGAAGAAUCGUAUACGAAAGAAAAAGGUGGUCGACCAGGAAUAAAGAAGUCGAAAUCUUUUAACGAAUGAAGGAAGCAAGGAGAGGUCACAAAAAAGUUGGAACAAACGUGCUAGUGGAAGUUCUCGUUGCGGGUGGGAAACGCAAAAGGAGGCGCGGCCAUUCGACGAGGAAGGUGGUAUGGAAAAAUUGUGCCCCCGUUAUGAUGUAGCGAAAGAGGUGUGGAGAGAGCUGCUUUAUUGAAGAUUUGAGCCGAACAGCCGGAGGAGCCGAGACAAGGAAGGGAAAAAAGGGGGCUGCAUUGGAUGAUAUCUCAGUGUUAUGUGUGCGGGGUUCAAAGUGCUAAUUGCUAUUAUAUCAACGACAACAGCCGAAAAAGGAAAGAAAAUAGAAAGAUGACGAUGCAACGGUCCUCUAGUGUUGGCGGAAAUGGCUGCAGGAAAGUGUCUUUGUUUUGAAAUCCCGACCGCCACGAGACUGUGGAGGAGGACUGGUGAAAAUUCCUGUCGCCUUUUAAUUAGGACAUUAGGACGAGUGUGCUAGGUGGUGCAUUACUCCGACAGGCGACUAAAAUACUGGUGGCGCAAGACGGUGCAAAAGUGAAAAAAAAUCCUACUUUACUCGUUUUCCUUUGGUCUGGUUAUUUGUUUUCUGCGAGUUCAUUCAAUUUGUGUUGUGCGGCGCCUUCCUUAGAGAGUAGACCCGUCAAAAUUCCGAGAAAAUAUAGACUAAAUCGGUGCUAUUACUAAUACUACUGCUUGCUGAAAGAAAAUCGGAAAAUGGAUAUCGAAGGGAGAAGCAGAGUAUGGAAAACUAUACCGAAGAAACCCCACUGCUGAUAUCCAGAACAACCGAACAGGCGACAAUCGACAGAAAGGACGGCGGAUACCUGAAGUGGAUAUAUUAGUUACUUUGUCCAAAGUGAACGUAGAAAAACGAACGGAUUAACAACAAUUCACAAUUUCCAAUAUCGGCCACCGUAAUAGGUGCAACAAACUUUCGGGAGCUUAUCGGCAGUACCAAUUUCCCCCUGAAAAACAACGACUAGGGAAGGUUGACAUACAUCGUCAUCAUCAUCAUCAGCAGCCAUCGUAGACGAAGUUGCAGCGGAGAAACUCUCGGUCCCCAAAAGAAAUCGAAACUAAAAUGUUUGCUUUCACAAAUUGCUACGGCCGGAUAGCAUAGAGGGAGCAAAAACCUCACAGACAGCGGGUCAGAAUCGGCGUUCAGAUUCAGACACAGCCAGCAACAACAAAAAAUACACUCUGCACGCGUGGGUUCGAGGCCAAUACCGUGAAUCAGCAACAGCAGCAGCAACGAAGUGACGAUUGCUCAUCCGUGAACUAUUGCUACUAAGGAAGAAUUAAUAUCCGCUUAUUUUGUGGAUUGCACUUGUGAUAUCUAUAGGUUUUAAGGAAACGCACUGGAUUCUUUCAAGAGAGAAAACGAUAGAGUGAUGCUUUAGGAAAAUUGAUUCAAAACAGAUAGAAAAACGUCAACGAUGACGAGUAUAUCGUACAAGACGACCACGGCAACCGGGGGAGAUGCAAACGGAUGCAUUGCUGCGGCUGCCUCUUCGUCCUCUUCGGCUGUGGCCGCUGUGUCAUUGAUGGCGGACAAGUCGAUUACGAUGAACCCGUCCCAGACGGCUUCCGCUCCCAUUGAUCUGGAUAACGAUCUGAUCUCAACUCUGAUAAAGGCCAAUGCGUCCAGCUCGCUAUUUGUGGCCAUGACCGGGGUACCGCUCCUGCAGAACAACAAUUAUCAGCUCAAUAGCACUAGCACUAGUUUGUACAAUAAUGAUAGCAAUAGCAAUGGUAAGACACAGUCAAAUGACAAACUCAACAGUAGCAGCAGUAGUACUGCGGCUGCCGGAAAUCUUCCCGGUGUCACGGGAGAGGACUACGAACGAGGCAAAUACAAAAACCCCCACGAAGUCAUGCUGCUGUACAUGAACAAGUUGACGCAGUACGAGCAUCACGAAAUCUAUCAGUACCCCAAGAUUUAUUUCAUCGGGGCCAACGCCAAAAAACGGAGGGGCAUUAGUAACUCAGAGUACGACAACGAGCAGGGCUCGUACAUUCAUAUCGCACAUGACCAUAUCGCGUACCGGUAUGAGGUGCUCAAAAUCAUCGGCAAGGGCAGUUUCGGCCAGGUAGUGAAAGCCUAUGACCACAAAAAUCAUCAACAUGUAGCACUAAAAAUGGUCCGGAACGAGAAACGAUUUCAUCGGCAAGCGCAGGAAGAGAUCCGAAUCCUGAAACACUUGCGGGCGCAAGACCGAAUGAAUUCAAUGAAUAUCAUCCACAUGUACGAUUAUUUCGUAUUUCGGAAUCACAUGUGUAUUACGUUCGAGCUGCUGUACAUCAAUCUGUACGAACUAAUCAAGAAGAACAAAUUUCAGGGCUUCAGCAUACAGCUGGUACGGAAGUUUGCUCACUCCCUACUAAAGUGUCUGGAUGCGCUUUAUAAAAAUAAGAUAAUUCAUUGUGAUAUGAAACCGGAAAACGUGCUUCUGAAACAGCAGGGCCGGUCCGGGAUCAAAGUGAUCGAUUUCGGUUCGUCCUGCUUCGAACAUCAGCGAGUGUAUACCUACAUCCAGUCGAGAUUCUAUCGAGCGCCGGAAGUUAUUCUCGGUGCCAAGUACGACAUGGCGAUUGACAUGUGGUCACUGGGUUGCAUUUUGGCGGAACUUUUCACCGGAUUCGCCCUGUUGCCCGGCGAAGAUGAAGCCGAUCAGCUAGCAUGUAUCAUAGAACUGAUCGGAAUGCCUCCGAAGAAACUGCUCGAUACUUCCAAACGAGCGAAGAAUUUUAUCUCGGCCAAGGGAUAUCCACGGUAUUGCAAUGUAAAAACCCUAGAAGAUGGCACCACGGUGCUGACGGCAGGAUUCUCUCGUCGCGGAAAACUGAGGGGACCCCCAGGAUCGCGUAGUUUAGUGAAAGCUUUGAAUGGUUGCGACGAUCCAUUAUUCUUGAACUUCAUCGAACGGUGUUUAAGGUGGGAGCCCGCCCUCCGGAUGACACCCGAAGCAGCGCUGAAUCACUUUUGGUUCCGAAGGUUGCUGCCUCCUUCCCCGAACGUAGCCACUAUCACCACCACCAGCAGUCCUUCCACCUCCAGCAAUUGCCAGAUUAACAAAGUGGUAGACAAUCCGUACCUGUAUGGAGAACCUCAGGCGUCAUCUCUAGUAACGACUACGACCUGCAACUCGCUUGUGGCAUCCCAUCACGGUAACUCCAGCUCUCUACAGUCACUCCAAUCCGCAUCGCUAACGUCGUCGGCGAUCAGCAUUCCAGCUGUAAGUGGCAGCCUAGGAUCCGGUAUCGGUGCAGUCGGAUUGGUCAGCAGUGGAGGCACACUCGGCAGGACGGCCGCGACCACCGUCAUCGAUAUUCCUUACAACUCGAACGACAAGAAAAGACUACUCAACACCUCCCCGCAGGCGGCUUCAUCGCUACAAUCAAAUCCCGGACUGGCAUCAACUUCCUUCGUAGACUACGUGGUCGUCAUCGAAUAAGCAAAGCUACAGUUUCCCAUAGUGUUGUGAUUUUUUUUUAAAUGUUUAUGACACACGAUUACUCCGUUCUCAGAGUCUUGAACCUGAGGCUGGCCUAGCCCCAGUGAUGAGUUGAGCUAUCGGCUUACUGAUGAUUCGUCACUAUCCAACACUCAAAAUGGGAGCAUAAAUUGUAGCAACGAAAUCAGCAACAUAUCAGGAAGAUUUUUUUCUUCGCAAGGAAAAACACAAAGAAACGAAAAUUCCUUCACUUUACACAGACGGAAUGAGGAGAAUCCCCUAGCAGAAAUUUACCUAAUAUAAUUUAAUUUUUCAAUGUUCCCAUUCGUAAUGAACAUCCAAUUGUAAGAGUUGCAUGAUGUGUGAGUAAUAUUUUUAAAGUAGCAGUUGUCGAAGAACGAGGAAAAACAGUAUACAUUUUUGUAAUGUAGAACGAAUUUAUAUGUUAGAAAUAAAAUUUAAAGAAUGCGAGAGAGAGAUUAAAACGCAAUACUGUUUGUGUCAGCAAGGUGCAGCGGCAGUGGCGAAUCGUUCCCCGGGAAAUAAACUUCGACUAUUAUAUAGGUCCGUAGUGCACUAUUUUUAAGGCAAUGUGACACUCACACUUAUGAAAGAAAACAAAAACAAAUGAGAGACAAUGCGAUUCAAAACCACAACCACAAACCAACCCACAUGCACACGUAAACUUACUCACUAACUUGCUGGUAGGAUUAUCCCAAUUAGUAAAAAGCAAAAAAAAAUAUAAAACAAAUUAUGCUAUGAAUGAAUAAAUAAGUUAAACAAUAAAUUACACUGCUUUAGUGCUUAGGUAAAUAAUUAGCAAAAUGUGAGUAUGGAAGCAAAAAAAAAAAAAAAAAUAACAAAUCGAACAGAUAUAAACAAGGUGGUAAAGUCCUUGUGUGGAUAACUUGGCUUAUGUGAAGCAAAUCAGUCAAACGCGGAACGAUAGUAUCCAUCAUCAAUACAAUAAUCAAGUUCGCUAACUGCUGGUGGCUGGUGGAAGUUAAGCUAUCAAAAAGAAGCAGAACGAGAGAGAUAGUAACGAAUUAACUUUUUACGAUUGUUGAUAGGCUGCAUAAUUAGACAACUACACACGCAUGUAAGAGAAACACUAGAACGAAAAACCACAAGAAGGACAUAGGAGGGUGAGAUGCUAUGAAUGCAACUGCGAGAAAGCAGGAUUACAACCAGUUUUAUUAGACGAGCGUCGAGCGGAGGUUAGUUGGAAUCGCAAUUUUAAUAGACACUAAUCGAAAGAGUGACACUCCCCCGUUCGUUGAAUGAUCGAGGAAAAUUUGUAUAAACCAAUUUGUUAGGGCUUUUGGAGGUAAAUUAAUAACCAGUUCAUAAAACCAAAAACAAAAAUUAAGGCUGUUACAUGAGCGCAUAUCGACUGCAUAAAAUAAAUUAUACUGAAUAAUAACCAACUACUUAUAACGAUAGCAUAUUGAAGAUUGAAAACACUUUGAUUUUGGUAGUUAUCGAAAGAUUUGAGGAUAAAUUUUCUGUUCAUUAACCGAGUGUCCGGCCAAAAAACAACAGUUCAGUGCUUGGCUUAAACAAUUCCUAUAUUUCAUCAUUUGGCUUAGAAUUUUGCACUCUUUAAUCCGAUUCGGGAUUCUUUCUUGUCGCGUUGGAUUGAUAACAGGUCAAUAUUAGUCUACCAUAAACAGUCCUCAUAUAUUAGACCAUUCAAGCCAAGUUCGAUCCAUCGAGACGUCAAUUAUUGAAAAAUAUUUGAUUUACUAAACGCUAGAAAGGAGUACGCAAAAUACUGAACAAUAAAAGAUACAAAGAUCAUGUUGUGACAGUCAUUUAGUGAUAAAUGGUAAAAAAUUGAAAACACAUUUUUCAACCUAGAAAAAUCAAAUAUUCACAAACAAAACGAAAUUUCGAAGCAAUCAUCUGAAAUAAGUUUUUUAACAUUUUCAUAAUACGACAGACAACUAAAACUUUCAAAAAAAUCAACGAAUUGAAUAAGUCACAUGUCAAUUUUUGAUUUGUGGCCAAUUUUUUAUCCAAAAGAAUUUCAUGAAUUUCAUGAAACCCAUCCUGAAAUUAGUAUGAUUGUUGCAAUGAAUGCGUUUGUUCAAAGAUACACGCACAACUCUUCUUCUUUCCUUCGAUAUUUCUUUUCGCCAUGUUUUCAACGUUUGUAGAAAUUGUUUAGGAACCAGAACUUUUCCAAAAGCAGCAUUUAUUACUAGCCAAAAACUACCUACUGAACAAAAGCACAAAAAAAGGGUAUACUUUUUUAAUUAGAUAAUUCAUCUACUGCACUGAGAUUGUAUCUUACCUGUGCUUGCAUUUCAAGUCAACUCACUGCGAUUUGUUCAUCAAAAUUUAUUCUUUCCGCAUCAUGCAUUUAACUAAUACCGUAUUUGUUUUCUCCCCUCGAUCAGUGUUCCACCGUACCCGACAAAAACAAACACAAAUCUUCGCCGGUGUAUUGCUACCUCACUCACUCACACGCUCUCUCGCAACACUGACAAAAUUUUCGGGGCACUACCGCUCGAUGGCAGUGCAACACCAGAUCAAAACCAGUGCAACACUCGGCAUAAACAAAUACGGUAUUAGACUAUUGCAUGUGGGUCGAUAAAUGAAAGUAGUUUGGUAGAACAGUUAUUAGGGAUGUGCAAAACGACACAAGCUAGCGAAAUCGAAGGAGCACGCCCAAAAAAAACUCAAAGGGAAAUCAGUUACAGUAAGGGGAAUUAAACUGCCAAUAAGUAAGAACCAACUGCUAAGCUAAGAGAGAUCAUCGUAACUUGUCAUUCUGAUUGCAUUCGUCACCCUUCGCCCAGAAAAAAAAACAACCUAAAAGUGUAGUACCUAGUUAGUUGCCCAUUCAUCAACAGUCGGUCUCAAAAGAUUUCCCACUAGGAUCAAAUAUUAAUCAAACCAGAAACACUCACCUAAUCGAUGUCAUAAAAUACCACCUACUCGCCACACAUACACCCGAAAAGAACAUACUUAAAACCUCUGUAUCUAUAAUUACUGACUAGAACUGAUAAUCCACCCCGAAAAAAAAACGAGAAACAAUAAUUGCUUUCCCAAAAAAAAGGUCAAACCUUACAAACCCCGGGUCAGGAAAGAAAAAGCGAAGCCACUUCAUCCACUGAGAACCAUUUAUAGAGCCAUUUUAUUCAAAGUCCUAAUCGUAACAAACAACAAUAUUAAACUUACUACUCGUGUAUACAAUCAACCAAUCAAACAAACAGAUUAAAACAUUUCUACAGCGUGUCGUACUGAAAUCAGGACUCAGAUUGUUUGCUUUUAACGUGUGAGAUGUCCCAUAAAAUAGAACUAGAAUUUUUCAUUUUGAUCCAGUUUAUAGUCAACUCAUAGAAUUGAAACAGCAUUUUUUAUAAAGCUCUUUUGGUUAAAAUAAAAAUCUUUUUCAAAUUUUGAAACAUGAGACAAUUUGGUAUAACAGUAGUUCGUUUCCUACCAAAAACUCUCGAUCGUAAAAUUAGUUGAAUGAAACGAUACAUUUAUGACAUUUUACUAAACAACCAUAUUCGAUUUGCGUUUGAUUUGUGUUAAUACACACUUAGUUGUUUUUCUUUUCGUUUUGGCUUUUUAAAAAUAGGUUUGCAAAUGUGUUCAUUUCAUUCACUUUUUUCUGCUCAAAUCGUGCACUUUGAUUCAACCACACAUACUUAAGGAAUUUUCUAUUUCGAAGUUAUCGAAAUGGAUCUCCAGUUCCGAUUCGAUGAUGAUAAACAUACAAUACACUCUGCACAUCCACUAUGUUUUAUUGUAAAAAAACAAGCCAAUGCUAGCUAUUCUGUACAUUAUUACUCCAUUGAAGCAAAACAAGCAGACACUUAUACCUAGACUAAGCUGCCCGCGAAGAAUGUUACAUUCUUUUUUUUCUAAGUGAAAAACCAAUAGCGAGAAUACAACUACACUAAAUCGCUGAAACAAUGUUACUGUACCAUAAGAAAGUAAUUUGUGAAACAGAAAAACAAAAUAACAAAAGGACUGUAUUACUAGUAAAGGUAACUAAAUAUAAUCGAACAAUAUUUGUAUAGUUAAAUAAAUAAUAAAACAGCAAAAAAAAAAAACUCUAAAAAGCGACGUGAAGUUAAAUUUUCUAACUUCCCGACACCGAGCUGGGUUGACGACACUCAGACCGGAAAGUCCGGACAGAUCUCAUAUGUCCGGAAUGUUCCGCGCUGCCGUUUUGAUUUUGCAUAACGCGCAACUUAUGUAGACAGAUAACUUUUGACGACAAUUUCUGUUUAGUUUUUUUUUCUUGCCUCUGGUGGGACUUGAUUCUCUCAAAUCGAUCCAUUCUAUACUUGAGCAGUGGCUGCUACAUUCUGUAAAGAGGUCUACUUCCCUUAGAAAAAAAUUUAAAAAAAAAGAAAAUACUCAAAAAAGGUCAAGUCCCUCGCGGUCCGGUAAAUGAAUUUGGAAACAGUACUGCUUGUUUCAGAAAAAUGUUUGUGAAAAUAAUUGAAACAACCAAUUUAUGUAAGCAAAACCUCCAACCUGUGUAUAGACCAUAAAUAAAAAAAUAAUAGCGAAAUGGUAACCAUUCAACAAAAAAAAAGAACAUUGAUUUACUGUUUGUAGUUGACGAUCACAUACACACUAUAUUAUUGGUAAAGGCAGAGAAUCGAAAAAAAAACAAAAAUUAUUACAGCUACUGCAAAAAGUAUGCAAAUUAUUGAUCAUCAUUGAGCAGAGCAAAGCGAACAGAAACAAAAAACUUUCAAAAAUAAGCAAAAAAAUAAACUAAAAUUAAAAACGUUAUUGCGAGUGAAAGAGCGCGCACGUGACGAUAACGUGUGCGUGCGCGCGCGCCCGAGAGCUAGAGAGAGCGAGAGAGAUAGAAUCCAUUCUAAGAUUUAGCAAUUUGAUGCAAAACAGAAACAAGUGAAAUUACGUUGUAAGGUGAAACAAAAAACAAGUAUGUAUAGAGACAAACAAAACAAAACAAACAAUUUAUGUCGGAAGAAAAACAAUGGA